AUGGAGGUCAAAAGAGAUAGCGAUGAAAUCAAUUUAGGUGACAAUGAGGGAAACCUAGAUGUUUUAGCGGAUGUUCUAUCAUCAAGAAGCACACAAACUUUUCCACCAACCAAUCCCUCUCCAACAACACUAGUGUGCAUGAAGAUUGUGAUCUCUUUUCCAAGUUUCGAAGAAGGUUCGAGAAUGUGUUCACAAGCAUUACACGUCUUCACCAAAAAACAAAAUCGUGAAACUUUUAUGUUUCCAAUGACUCACAAAGUGAAUAUGGAGUUCCUUAAGUUACUUAUGGAAUAA